AUGUCGUGCCAAAGAAACCUGCCCGCGUCCGCUCAGCACGCCGCGCCCGAGAGACCCGAGGAGCCCUACCCUCGCGACCCUAGACGUAGCCGCCGAGGUCGCGAGUGCUUUCCAGUGUCACCAUGUAGUUCUCUACCCGAUAGACUUCCCACGAGGUCGCGAGUGCUCCCCAGCGCGCCAAUCAUUUCGCGACCCGAGGCCCCUUCCGUGGUGUCGCGAGUUUUCCCUUGUGCAUCAGCCUCAGCGCUCGCGACUCGGAUCCUGACUCGCGACCGCGCAAGCGAUCUCCAGUUCUUGAGAGAUGCCGGCGUUGAUUUGCUUGCUGGGACUAAUCCUACCGUGGGUGAGGCGGGCCCCACCCAGACCUUUGAUUUUGUGUUUCUACCGAGUUUCAAUGGGAUUCAGAUGAUUGAUGAGAUUGCCAAGAGUGGCGCUCUUGUGGUGGCUCCGCUGGGGCACGAUCCCUCGAACGGGCUCCUCGGACUGCCCACGGAUUUCAAAAUCGUGUAUCUGAGAAGAUUCGAUAGCACAGUUGUUGCACUUCGGAAAAUAAUAACAUCCGAUAGCGUGCCGAAUUCCGGUGGGUUGAAGCAAGUUUCUUGCGGGGUUGUUACGCCCGAGAAGAAGAAGGAGGAAGCUUUGAAAGGUUUGGAGGACGUGUACCUCGAGCCUCCGAGACAGGCCAGAACGAAAUCUACCGGGAGAAGAAAAAAAUCGAGCUUCUUCACGUCUAGAAAAAUCAAAUUCCUUCCGAAUCUGUUGAAGGACUCGUUGGACGAGUACCCGAGGCGGGUCUUCAUAUCGGACGACUCGAGGGCAUUCGACUGGUUCUACAAGAAUUACCCGAUGAAGGAUCAAGAAUUCGAAGUCUACCACUUGGGGGAUGGAGAUGGGGUUCGGGGGACGGGGAGUGAUUGGUUGAGGAGGAAUAAAGUCAAUGUGGGACCCGAGGACUAUGUGGUGAUGAAGGCAGAAGCGUUUUUGGUUGAGGAGAUGCUGAGAGAUAGGAGCUUGUGCCUUGUGGAUGAGCUGUUUCUGGAUGAAAUCUAA